UCGGAGUUCGGAUUUAGAACCUUGGAGUUAAGAGGCAGAUGAAGCCGAUUGGCUGAGAUGCAGGUUGCCUGCGCUCUUCAAUGGACAAAGGAAUCUUCGCCGCGUGAGCCUGCGAAUGACGGGAAUCGGCUUGGGGAGAGGCAAGGUGAGAGCAGGGGAACCGCCCGCCCUGGCGGGUCUCCAGGAGCCUUCGAGAGACCCGUGGCCUCAAGGACGACAGCAGCCGCCAGAACCACCUUCAGCUACAGAGUGGAGGGACCCUAGCAUCAUGGGUACCCCAGCCUCCAUUGCCUGUGACUUGCCACAGCAUCAGACCCCCAAAGCCUGCACUCGCAAGAGAGCAUCUGCCAACAUCUUUCAGGGGGUGGGGCUGUUGCAGUUGCGCCGCCUCUUCCACAGCAGUGGGGAUGCCCAAGCCGAGGAGAGAGCCCAGCUGGUCUGGGAAUGUGCAGGGAGCCGGUGCAUUGCUCACGCCUUGCAACAGCUCCGAAGGAGGCAGAGAAAGCUGAGGCUGAGAUCACACCUGAGACCUCCUUCAGAAAUGAGUGGUGCCACCAGACUCCUAGAGCUCCAACACUUCAGCCGCUUACGGUAUGACCGCACCACAUCAUGUGCUGAUGUUGAUGGCUGCAGCAACAGCGAUAAGGAGAUAGAUGCAGCUGAUCAAACCAGCCACUACACUGCUUCCCACUACAGGAAGAAAAAAAGUGGAAUGGGAACUGCAGACUACCUGCACCAGCUCCGCCGGUGAGCAACUGAACCUGAUGGCAACAGUUGUAGUUAAAUGUCACUGUAUGGAACAGGAGUAGCCUGAACCCAAGGGGGGUUCGUAUGGAAGAUGCACUUCUCUCAUAGCAAAAUGUUUUCGUAUAAUAUCCUCUGUGCAAAAAUCCACUGGCAAAAAUGGUGGAGAAACUUGAAACCAACCCUCCUCUUUCAAGCACUACCUGUUCUGGUUCUCAGACUUGACCACAUCCGGCUAUGACAAAGCACAAACACUACAGACUGAAUGUACCUGGUCAUAUUUAAUAAAGCUUAUUAUACAGUC